UACAAAAUAGAAGAAAAAGCAAUUUCUAUUACGUAGAAAUGCUUGAGCCGUUGAUAGGGUCUGGUCCAGGAAUAGGAAUAAAUAACCUGGAUUUUGCUAGCAGGCCAUCAUCCCACUCAAGAAUAUUUAUGGAUCUAUAUGGAGUACCUUUGAGGAAAACAAAGUAUUUCUCUGGGUGAGGUCUAUAUCCUGCCUUGACUGCCUUUCUUGAAGUAUUGUGACAGGAUGUCUGCACAAUCGGUGGAAGAAGAUUCAGUACUUAUCAUCCCAAAUCCAGAUGAAGAAGAAAAAAUUCUGAGAGUGAAACUAGAGGAGGAUCCUGAUGGUGAAGAGGGGUCAAGCAUUUCCUGGAAUCAUCUCCCUGACCCAGAAGUUUUCCGACAGCUUGGAUACCAGGAUUCACCAGGUCCCCGAGAGGCUGUGAGCCAGCUCCGUGAACUUUGCCGCUUGUGGCUCAGACCAGAGACACACACGAAGGAACAGAUACUGGAGCUGGUAGUGUUGGAGCAGUUUGUUGCCAUCUUACCCAAGGAGCUACAGACUUGGGUUCGAGAACAUCACCCAGAGAAUGGAGAGGAGGCAGUGACCGUUCUAGAGGACUUGGAGAGUGAACUGGAUGAUCCUGGACAGCCGGUUUCUCUCCGUCGCCGAAAACGGGAAGUGCUUGUAGAGGAGAUAUCUCAAGAAGAUGCUCAGGGAUUACCAAGUUCUGAGCUUGAUGCUGUAGAGAAUCAGCUCAAGUGGGCAUCCUGGGAACUCCACUCUCUGAGGCACUGUGAUGAUGAUGCUAGGACAGAGAAUGGAGCACUGGCUCCCAAGCAGGAGAUUGCUUCAGCUGUAGAAUCUCAUGAAGUUCCUGGUACUCUUAAUAUAGGUGUUCCUCAAAUUUUUAAAUAUGGAGAAACCUGUUUACCCAAGGGCAGAUUUGAAAGAAAGAGAAAUCCUUCUCGAAAGAAACAGCACAUAUGUGACGAAUGUGGAAAGCACUUCAGCCAGGGCUCAGCCCUUAUUCUUCAUCAGAGAAUCCACAGUGGGGAGAAGCCUUAUGGAUGCGUUGAGUGUGGAAAAGCCUUCAGCAGAAACCUUACAAGUGUCUUGAGUGUGGGAAAGCCUUUAGCCAGAAUUCUGGGCUCAUUAAUCAUCAGCGAAUCCACACUGGGGAGAAACCAUAUGAAUGUGUUCAGUGUGGAAAAUCCUACAGUCAAAGUUCAAAUCUUUUUAGACAUCAGAGAAGACACAAUGCAGAGAAACUUUUGAAUGUUGUGAAAGUUUAAAAAAUUAGGGGGAAACAAUAAGCACUCAGGUCUUUGUCUUCAGAAAUGAAGACAAAAUUAAAAACAUGAAGUGAUACAGAAAAGAUUUUUUUCCCUGUUGACUGAGAAAAAUCCACUGGGAAAUACAAAAAAGAAAUCUUUAUUCACCAUUGUUAUCUUGAAAGAAAUGGUGUUAUGCCUAGAAACUGAAAUUUUAAAUAAUUCAGGUGUUAAUACCUAAAUUUUCCAUGUGAUGUUUAUAGUCUCUUUUUUUUUUCCUCCCAAGUAAUAAGCUACCUGAUUCUUUGUCCCUUUCUUAACAAUUUCCUUUUUCAGACAAAUUCUUUAUUUCUUUGUUGGCCAUUGGAAUGUUUUGUAAGGAUACAUACCUUUCUAUUUUAAAAGGCAGCAUAGGAAUUGUAAGAUCUAAAAGCCCAUCUUCAACAUCUAAAAACACCUUUGAAAAUUUAAUUUCCUUUGUUCAGUUUGAGUAUAUUUGGGAAAAAUAGAAGAUAAAGGCCAGCCAAAGCCUCAGUGUUAAAUGAGCCUUAAGAUCUCAGAUGGGUGACGGUGGCAAAACUUCAAUGUGUAACUUCUCCAAUUUCUCCCUUUCACUCUUUCAAGUUUUGCCAGUUAAGUACAGUCAUCUUUCUACAGGAGAACUCAACAACAAACAAAACCUGAUUUUUAUCUAACUUGUGGGCAUCUUACUAAUGAAGGCAGUUUUCCUGUGUAAAAAUAGACACUUGUAAAAGUAAAGGUAAAUAUAACACUAAGAAAGAAUUUGUAGUGAAUGCUGGUGUUGAAAGGCAAAUGUAAAAUUAAGGCAAUAUAUGAUGUGGCUUUUAGAAAAAACUCACAGUCUAACUCCUUUUGCCCUCAUCCUAGUUAAGGAUAGGAAAUUCCUUGAUGGGAGGGCAACGAUAUCAGGUUUGCUAUUUUUAUUCCUUUGGUACAAAAGGGUUGAACACCAGGCUAAAACAGCCAUGCAUUUAUUAUUAAACAUUUCUACCGACAAUGCACUGUGCAAGGUACUGUAAUCCUACUGUAAGUAGGUAGGUAUUUGUUACACUGUAAGUCAUAAGGGUGUCCCCAUCAGCGUUCCCAGGUCACCUCUGAGAUUCCCAGAGUUGUAGUUCUCUCUUACUGGUGUGUUGUGUUUGGAGGGAGAGAUGUCAGCUCAGAAAGCUAGCUAGUUAGCUCUUAGCACUUUUCAGAGGUGAGUUUAAGAUACACUCUUUUAGUUUGAGAAUUUUUGGAUCUUAAAAAUCCAAAUGUAAUUUCUAGUAGCAUAGCAGUUUAUAACUACAUGUUAAGUUGAAUGGCUGUUCUACUUUAAAAAUAAACGACUAGGCUAUUAAUAACUAGUUUAUUAACUGUCAGAAUUGAUUGAAUUUUUUAAUUUACAGUCUUAACAAAUUUUCUUUAAAAAAACAUAUUAAAAGUAAUACAUUUUAGUAGUAGGGUUCUGUAUGCCUUGGCUAAGAAUCCAAGUACUGUGGUUCUACUGUUUAAUGGCAAACUCUGGAAGUAAAAGCAUUGAGUAUAAGAGGUUUGGGUUUUUUUGUUUGUUUUUUUUAUGUAAGACAGGCAUCAUUACAUGGAAAAUGAUCCAUGGGAGUAUAAAUAUUUCCAUCGAUUUGGGUUCUAUCUGGUGCUUGGUCAAAUUUUAAAAUGAAAAUGAGAUUUUUGCGUGAGCCUAUUGAAAAACAGUAAUAAAUACUAUGCCAGCUGGUGAAGUGAGGCCGAAUGAAGCUUGUUCAUAGAGUUCUGAUAACAAUUAUAAGAAAUGUGCUUUAUAGAUUAAGAUUUAUUGAAGUAUAAAUAUGUAGUAAUGCUAUAAUGUAUUUUUAAGUUAUACAAGAAAAUGUAGGGACUUUGUUUGGGUCUUUUCUCUGUGGCUGAGAGGAAACAAGUUAAUGUCCAAUAAAGCUCUAAACUCCUCUGCUCUAAAAUAGAGUAACCUGGAA